ACAGAUGCGACGUCCUCCUCUCGCCGUGGGAAGGACUCGCUCCUGAGAAUGUCUCGACGCGGCUGGCUCUCCUCGGACUUUAUACUGGUCCGGUGCUCCAGACCCUGAGGGGUUGGUGGUGUAACUCCUGGAUGGUGUAAACACUCUGCGUUGCUCCACCUGCUUCUCGACGUGCUCCUGUUCCUUUAAGGGACUUCUCCAGCUCCGGUGACGUAGCGCUCUGCAUAUUCCAUCUGCACAGCAGGUCCAGUGGAGGAGUGUGGAGCCUCCUCCUCCUCCUCCUCACAGCAGUCUCCUCCCGGUGCUGAGCUGCACAGCCACGGACGUCUCGCCGGCCCUCGUCUUCCUCGCCUCUUCAUCUCUCCUCGGUGAACGUCGUGAUUCUUCAGAACAUUCAGAACCAUGAACCCGGACAAAGAUCCUGGACUCGGCGCCGAGGGAGACGUGACGGACGUUUGCAGGGGAGCUUCAGACGUGAAGCCGUGGGAGGAAGAGGAGGAAGAGGAAGAGAGGGAAGAUGGUUCGCGUGCUGGAGGUGUGAUGGCUCCACACGUGAUAAAGACCGAGGAAGAGGAGAUGGAGGACGAGGAGCGUUACCCUCGGGAGAACGGCGAGGGCGCCAGCGAGGACGGGACGGAGGAAGGAUUCGAGGAGGAGGACGACGAGGAGGAGGAGGAGGAGAGGGACGGGGAUGAAGAGGAAGACGCCCUGAACGAGCCCCAGGACCUGUCGCUGGCCGACUACUCGCAGUACGACGGCGCGGCGCCGCCGCCGGACGCCAACGCCGCCGCCAACGCCAACGCCGCCCCGACGACAGGCAAGCUCAACUGUGACAUCUGUGGCCUGUCCUGCGUCAGCAUCAACGUGCUGCUGGUGCACAAGCGCAGCCACACGGGCGAGCGCCCAUUCCACUGCUCCCAGUGCGGCGCCUCCUUCACCCAGAAGGGGAACCUGCUGCGCCACAUCAAGCUGCACUCCGGGGAGAAACCCUUCAAAUGCCCCAUGUGCAGCUACGCCUGCAGGCGGCGUGACGCGCUGAGCGGACACCUGCGCACGCACUCUGUGGACAAACCCUUCAAGUGCAGUCACUGCAGUCGCAGCUACAAGCAGCGCAGCUCAUUGGAGGAGCACCGGGAGAGAUGUCAUGUGUACGCCCAGAGAGGAGGAGCUGAGAGAGAGGACCGCCCCCCCUCCAGGACUCCGAUGGCCACUGAGCGCGCUCUGCUGCUCGACCGGCUCGCCAACAACGUGGCCAAACGGAAGAGCUCCAUGCCGCAGAAAUUCACCGGCGACCACGGCGUCUGUCUGGACCUGAGCUUCAACCGGGAGCCGGUCGACGGAGCGGAGGUGAAGGACCCUCCGGGGCCCGAGGCCCACCAGCACCCCGGGGGGUCCAUCGGUGCCCCGCCCCCCCCCCGCCGGCACUACCCCAUCCAGCUGGGCCGCGGGGACGUCGGCCCCUCGGGCCUCACCAACGGCCUCAAGAUGGCCGUGCCGGUGGCGGCGCCGGGCCUCCCCCCGCCUCACGCCGACGGGCCCCAGCCCGUGAUGUACAGCCUCGGCCCCCUGCUGGGGGAGCCGGGCCAACAGACCGGGGCCCCCCAGCUGGCGCUGCUGGAGGCGCUGCGGGUGGUGCGGGGGGAGGGGGGCGGCGGCGCCGUGUACCCGUGCGGCCACUGCCGGGUCCUCUUCCUGGACUACGUGAUGUUCACCAUCCACAUGGGCUGCCACGGCUUCAGGGACCCGCUGCAGUGCAACGUGUGCGGCCGGCGCAGCCGCGACCGCUACGAGUUCUCAUCGCACAUCACACGGGGGGAGCACCACCACGACGGGAAGUAGCUGCACGGCGACGCACACACACAGAGAGACACACACAGAGACACACACAGAGACACACACAGAGACACACACAGAGACACACAGAGAGAGAGACACAGAGACACACAGAGAGAGAGGGAGACACACACAUAGAGACACACACACAGAGAGACACACACACAGAGAGACACACACACAGAGAGACACACACAGAGAGAGGGAGACACACACAUAGAGACACACACACAGAGAGACACACACAGAGAGAGACACACAGAGACACACACAGAGAGAGACACACAGAGAGACACACACAGAGAGACACACACAGAGACACACACAGAGAGAGACACACACAGAGAGACACACAGAGACACACACAGAGACACACAGAGACACACACAGAGAGAGACACACACAGAGAGAGACACAGAGACACACACAGAGACACACAGAGAGAGACACACACAGAGAUACACACACAGAGACACACACAGAGAGAGGGAGACACACACAUAGAGACACACACACAGAGAGA